UACGGGUUGCAGGACUCUGAGCCUCCCCCAACCCACCCAGAAACCCUAACUUUUACUCGCUUAAUAACGAGGGUUCGGUGGCGCCGCCCUCGUUGGAACCUUCUCCCCUCUUCUCUCUCUUUUCCAGGGCUAGGGUGUCCUCCUCGAAGGUAUUCUCUUCUUCUCCUACGUGUCUUUUGCUUCGGGUGUUGAAUCCUGGUAUCGUCUCAAGCGGAGUUUGUGACUGCUUGACGGCUUGGAAUUUGAUCUUACACGGCCUUAAGUUUUGUUUGCAAAAAUGGCGGUUCCGUUGCUCGCGAAGAAGAUCGUUAAGAAGCGUGUCAAGAAGUUUAAGAGGGCCCAGAGCGACCGUAAAAUUUGCGUCAAGCCAAACUGGCGUAGGCCCAAGGGUAUUGAUUCUCGUGUGAGAAGGAAGUUCAAGGGAUGUACAUUGAUGCCCAAUAUCGGUUAUGGAUCUGACAAGAAGACCCGGCAUUACCUGCCGAACUGUUUCAAGAAGUUUGUGGUUCACAAUGUAUCUGAGCUGGACUUGCUUAUGAUGCACAACAGGACUUACUGUGCUGAAAUUGCGCACGAUGUCUCCACAAGGAAGCGCAAGGAGAUUGUAGAGCGAGCUGCACAACUGGACAUUGUUGUCACCAACAAGCUUGCUAGGCUUCGCAGCCAGGAGGAUGAGUGACCUCCUAGUUUGGGAAACUUCGAGAUUUUAUAGUUAUCCAUUAUUUGGGUUUCGGAAGCUUAAGAUUUUCUCUGUAGGAGCUAUCCUUUAGGCAGCAGAUUUGUUUUGCGGUUGUCUAUUAUUUUCAGUGAUGUGUGGACAUCAUUUCCCACCGGUGCUGAUCGUUGCUCUCACUUCUUGUUUAUGCACUCUUCUGUACCCGUCGUGAUUAGAUCAUUCUGUUGUACUCUAGUUAAGUGCAAGACAAUUCUAUUAUGCUUUUUUUAAUCUGAUUAUUUUGAAUA